AUUGAGUUGCUCUGCCAUGGAUCAAGUAAACCUCUUCAAGCAAUCAUGCACACCAUCUGGCAGACUUCACCACAGAACCGAUAACAUUCAAAUCGAACCUAAAAAAGCGAAAGCUUGUCUGCAGAAUUCCGUUGCCAAUUCACUAUGACAACGGGGCUGCCUCGUCUGCCACCCCUGAGUCCCCUUCCUGCUCCCACUCCAAGUCCCCUUCCUGCUCCCCAUCUCUCGGAAGUACCUGAGACACCUACCCCCCCAUAUCGCCAAACACCAGCACCAGUUACUGUUUCGCAGUCAUACCUACGAAAACUUGUCCUGGAGCGUUGGGAGGCAGAAUUUAAGC